AUGAAGUCCAUCGCCCUCACCACCGCCCUCUCCCUCGCCAUGGCCGGCUCCACCCUCGCCGUGCCCAUGAUGCAAACCGCCAAACCCAACCCUCCACCGCCCCCCCCACAAUCUCUCCCCGCCGGCUCCAUCCCCUCGGUCACGCUGACCGAUCUCGACCGCGUCGUUUCCAGCGUUGGCGUCAUCGUCAAGAACGCGCAGGACGACCUCAAGAAGAUCGACAUCAAGGACCCCCAGGGCGUUGUCGGCAUUCUGCAGCAGCUGCUCGGUAACGUCACGCAGACGGUGCAGCAGGGGACUCGCCGCAUCAAGGCGAACCAGAAGGCCAUUCUGCCAACCGGGUGGGGCGUUGCUGGCGGUGCUCUUCCCCUUGGUGCACUUGGUGGACUUGGUGGUCUUCCUGUUGAUCUCGGCGGACUCACCGGUGGUCUCCCUCUCGGCGGACUUGGUGGACUGGGCCCUUUGAUGGGCGUUACUAACGGUCUCGCUGGCUUGACCGGUGUCACCGGGUUGACCAGCAGCUUGUUGAACACUGUUACUGGUCUGCUUGGUAACCUUUUGCAGCUCGGUGGUGGUGCUACCGGCAGCGGCACCACUGGUACCGGUUCCCCUAUUGGUGGCUUGGACCUGGGCUCUCUGACGAACUUGGCCAACCUCAGCGCCCUCCUCCAGCUCGGCGGCGGCCUGACCGGUGGUGCCGCCGGUGGUCUGCCGCUUGGUAGCCUGCCGCUUGGCGACUUGAGCAACCUCACUGGUGUCUUGAGCCCGGAUCUCCUGAACCAGCUGCUUGGUGGCGUUACUGGCGGCCUUACUGGCGGCCUUACUGGCGGCCUUACUGGCGGCCUUACUGGCGGCGCUACUGGCGGCCUUACUGGCGGCCUUACUGGCGGCCUUACUGGCGGCGCUACUGGCGGCGCUGCUGGCUCGCCGUUGAGCGUCGUCGAGUCGUUGGUGUCGGCUGUGAUGGAUCUGGUUAACUCUCUUCUCCCCGGUGCUCUUGGUGUGACUGCUGGCCUCACUGGGGGUCUCGGUGCCACUGCUGCUGCUCAGUAGAGGAGGGGUCUGAGAACUUCUCUUGAAGGCAAGGCUUUGUUGUCGACCCGCGGGUUGAGAUGAGCCGGGAGUUGCAUGUGGUGGUCCUUGGUACUUUCGCUGCCUCUCUGCUGGGGAUGUUGGUCGCAUUGGAGGAGAAAAUGUUUUUGUCUUUUUUCCUUUCUCUAAUCUGGCAAUAAGUUUUGUUUUUGUCGAUGCUUCUGUGGAGGAGAUGGUGUCGUACUGGUGCCCGGAAAGGGAGAAGUGUAAUGACUGUUUGAGAGUGUGCGUGUUAGUUUUGCUUUGAACAGAAAAUAUCAGGGGUUUUGCUCUUG